CUCGGCAGCCCCCGGCAGACUGCUGCAACUUGGUGUCUUUCCCCAAAUAUGGAGCCUACGUGGAGUCCCUGGGGGAGGGGGUGGGCUGGGGUAGGGAGUGGAGCCGGUUUCCUCCAGCAGGGAGGGGGGUGAGGGGGAGCUGGCGGGGGAGGCUGACAUCACCACGGUGGCAGCCCUUUAAACCUCUCACCCAGCCAGCGCCCCAUCCUGUCUGUCCAAGUCCAGACACGGAGACCUCACUCCUCCCUGCGAGCCCCAAGGAAGCCCUCUCUCCCCCAACAUGGCCAACAAGGGUCCUUCCUAUGGCAUGAGCCGUGAAGUGCAAUCCAAAAUUGAGAAGAAGUAUGACGAGGAGCUGGAGGAACGGCUGGUGGAGUGGAUCGUAGUGCAGUGUGGCCCUGAUGUGGGUCGCCCGGACCGUGGGCGCCUGGGCUUCCAGGUCUGGCUGAAGAACGGCGUGAUUCUGAGCAAGCUGGUGAACAGCCUGUAUCCCGAUGGCUCCAAGCCUGUGAAGGUACCUGAGAACCCACCCUCCAUGGUCUUCAAGCAGAUGGAGCAGGUGGCCCAGUUCCUGAAGGCAGCUGAGGACUACGGGGUCACCAAGACUGACAUGUUCCAGACUGUGGACCUCUUUGAAGGCAAAGACAUGGCAGCAGUGCAGAGGACCCUGAUGGCUUUGGGCAGCUUGGCAGUGACCAAGAAUGAUGGGCACUACCGCGGAGAUCCCAACUGGUUUAUGAAGAAAGCGCAGGAACAUAAGAGGGAAUUCACAGAGAGCCAACUCCAGGAAGGAAAGCAUGUCAUCGGCCUUCAGAUGGGCAGCAACAGAGGGGCCUCCCAGGCCGGCAUGACAGGCUACGGACGACCUCGACAGAUCAUCAGUUAGAGCGGGGCGGGCCAGUUCUGAGUCCUGCCCCUCCCCAGCCCCUUGGCUGCAGCCAUCGCUUAGCCUGCCUCACCCACACCUGUGUAGCUCCUUCAGCCCUGACCAAGCUUUGAGGUUCUGUCACUGAGCAAAGGGGACUGCACACGGGCAGCUCCUUCCCGCCUCCCCAGCCUUAGCCCAACUUCUUACCCCAAAGCACCACUGCCCUGGCCCCUCCCUCCCAGCUGCCCCCUCCACCUUGACUGUCUCUCCCCUGGGCUAAGCUGGGGGGAAAGUGGGCUGGGGUAGCCUGGGGUGGGGCAAGCCACCAUCCUCCUUGGCAGCAAAAGCCCAUUGAAGGAGAUGCAGCCCAGCCUCCCUCUAUCUUUUCCUGGAAUAUUUUUAUGGUUGAAAUUCAAAAAGGAAAAAAAUAUAUAUAUACAUCAAUCUUUUCUCA